CAUAGGAGGAGCACACAUACACACACACACAGACUCACAGACACACAUGCAGACACAUAUCUAGCUGUAGCACGGAACACAGGCCGGAGUGUGUACAUGUACAUACGUCUUUACAACUUAAUUAAGGAGUAAAUCAACCAAAAUGGAGUGGGAGUUAUGUAUUUAAAGCGCAGAGGACUUGAAAUGGGCGGUCUGCUGGUGCUGUUGCUGCUGUGGAGUUGCCUGCUGUCGGCGGUUGACGGCUCACCGCUCCUCCUCUUUGCCAACCGGCGAGAUGUCAGACUGGUGGAUGCUGACGGAGUACGGGGCGAGUCGCCCAUCGUCGUUAGCGACCUGGAGGACGCGGCAGCAGUGGACUUCCUGUACGCCGAGGGCCUGAUAUUUUGGACAGAUGUCAGCGAGGAGGCCAUCAAACAGACGCGCUGGAAUCAAUCAUCCAACUCCCUUAAAGAGGCAUUGGGAACGGGGCAGACUGUGGUCGUAUCGGGGCUAGACAGUCCCGACGGUCUGGCCUGCGACUGGUUGGGAAGGAAACUCUAUUGGACCGACUCUGAGACCAAUCGGAUUGAAGUGGCCAACCUGGACGGCACCUCCAGGAAAGUUCUGUUUUGGAUGGACUUGGACCAGCCCAGAGCUAUCGCACUGAACCCCGCUCAACGCUACAUGUACUGGACGGACUGGGGGGAAGAACCUAGGAUAGAACGGGCUGGCAUGGACGGCAGCAACAGGAAAGUGAUAGUGAAUGUGGACAUAUACUGGCCCAAUGGUCUGACCAUUGAUCUGGUGGAGCAGAAGUUGUACUGGGCAGAUGCCAAGCUAAGCUUUAUUCACAGAGCUAACCUGGAUGGAUCUGCACGUGAAACAGUGGUGGAGGGCACGCUGACCCAUCCCUUUGCACUAACACUAUCUGAGGAGACCUUAUACUGGACUGACUGGCAGACCCGCUCCAUCCACGCCUGUAACAAAAACAGCGGAGACAAAACCAGAGAGAUCCUCAGUGGGAUUUACUCUCCUAUGGACAUUCAGGUCCUGGAGUCAUAUCGACAACCUUACAUCCAGACUCCAUGUAGUGAGGAUAACGGAGGCUGUAGUCAUCUCUGCCUGCUCUCUCCAGUCAAGCCUUUCUACAGCUGUGCCUGCCCCACUGGAGUCCAGCUGAACCCAGACAAGAAGACAUGCAAACCAGGAGCAGAGCAGGUGUUGCUACUGGCUCGACGGACUGACCUGAGGAGAAUAUCUCUGGACCUGCCAGACUUCACCGACAUAGUCUUGCAGGUGGAUGACAUCCGCCACGCCAUAGCUAUAGACUACGAUCCGGUUGAGGGUUACGUCUACUGGACAGAUGACGAAGUGCGGGCCAUUCGGCGAUCCCACAUCGAUGGCAGCAACGCCAUGGUGCUGGUUACCACGGAGAUCAACCACCCAGAUGGCAUUGCUGUGGACUGGGUGGCCAGAAACCUGUACUGGACUGACACCGGCACUGACAGGAUAGAGGUCACCAGGCUGAAUGGAACCUCUCGGAAAAUUUUGAUUUCUGAGAACCUGGACGAACCCAGAGCCAUCGUCCUGGACCCUGUUAAUGGCUACAUGUACUGGACAGACUGGGGGGAGCAUCCCAAAAUCGAGCGAGCCAACUUGGACGGAACGGAGAGGUUCGUCCUGCUCAACAGCUCUCUGGGCUGGCCCAACGGACUAGCUAUCGACCAUGCUGCGGGAAAACUGUACUGGGGAGACGCCAAAACCGACAAGAUAGAGGUGAUCAACGUGGAUGGCAGUAACAGACAGACUCUGCUGGAGGACAAGCUGCCUCACAUCUUUGGUUUCACUCUGCUGGGAGAUUACAUCUACUGGACGGACUGGCAGAGACGCAGCAUCGAGAGAGUCCACAAGUCCACGGCUGUACGAGAGAUCAUCAUCGAUCAGCUGCCAGAUUUAAUGGGGCUGAAAGCCACCAAAGUGACAGAGACUAAUGGUACCAACGGCUGUGCUCUGGAGAACGGAGGAUGCAGUCAUCUGUGUUUCUGGCGUCGGCUGGCUGUCAGCUGUGCCUGUCCAAUGGGGAUGGAGCUGCUGUCUGACCUGCAGACCUGCGUGGUGCCUGAAGCCUUCCUGCUCUUCACCAACAGAGACAACAUCAGGAGCAUCUCUCUGGGUACCAACAGUAACGACGUUCCCAUCCCUCUGACUGGAGUCAAAGAGGCCUCUGCUCUGGACUUUGACGUGUCAGAAAGGAUGAUCUACUGGACUGACAUACAGACCAAGACGAUCAGCAGAGCCUAUAUGAACGGCAGCUCUGUAGAGCACGUGAUCGAGUUUGGACUGGAUUACCCAGAAGGCAUGGCGGUGGACUGGAUGGGUCGUAACAUAUACUGGGCCGACACGGGAACCAACCGCAUCGAGGUGGCCCGGCUGGAUGGCCAGUACAGACAAGUCCUGGUCUCUAAGGACCUGGAUAACCCACGAUCACUAGCACUGGACCCAGCCAACGGCUACAUGUACUGGACAGAGUGGGGGGGUCGACCUCGUAUAGCCAGAGCUUAUAUGGACGGCAGCACCAUCGUCACCCUGGUGGAUAAAGUGGGCCGAGUCAACGGACUGACCAUUGACUACGUGGACCAUCGACUCUACUGGACCGACCUGGACACUAACAUGAUAGAGAGCACCAACAUGCAAGGUCUUCAGAGGGAGAUCAUACUAGAUGACCUGCCUCAUCCCUUCGGUCUGACUCAGUACCGUGACUUCAUCUACUGGACAGAUUUUAACCUGCACAGCAUCGAACGGGCCGACAAACGCAGCGGACUCAACCGCACCGUGGUGCUGCAGGGCCAGCUGGAGCUGAUGCUGGACAUCCUGGUGUUCCACUCUUCCCGUCAGGACGGCACCAAUGAAUGCUCUCACAACAACGGCAACUGCGCCCAUCUCUGCCUGGCUACACCUGCUGGAGCACAGUGCCGCUGCGCCUCCCACUACACCCUGAACCCAGACGGACGAAACUGCAGCUCCAGUAGAGCUUCACACAUGACCUCCGUGUGUUUUUUCCUCCAGUCCACCAUGAUAGCAGGCGGCAGCAGUCUACCGACGGAGAAUCAGCUUCAUGACCUGAGCCUGGACCCCUACAGCCGCCACAUCUACUGGACCUGUGAGACCACCAACACCAUCAACGUCCAGAGGAUGGACGGACAGACAGUGGGAGUGGUCCUGAAGGACGACACAGACAAGCCACGGGCAUCGUGGUCAACGCAGAGAAAGGGGUACAUGUAUUUCACCACAGUGCAGGAGCGCUCAGCUAAGAUAGAAGGAGCCAGUCUGGACGGGACAGAGAGAGAGUCUCUGUUCACCACUAGUCUCAUCAGACCUGUAGCUCUGGCUCUGGACAAUAAACUGGGAAAACUGUUCUGGGUGGACGCAGACCUCAAACGCAUCGAAAGCAGCGACCUGACAGGAGCCAAUCGCAUCGUCCUCCAGGACUCCAACAUCCUGCAGCCCAUGGGGCUGACAGUUCUGGGGGAUCACCUGUACUGGAUCGACCGGCAGCAGCAGAUGAUAGAGAGGGUGGACAAACUGACCGGAGACGGACGGACACGCACAGGGCGCAUAUCAUACCUGACCUCCAUCCAUGCUGUGGAGGAGAUGGACCCUCAGGAGUUUGCAUCUCACCCCUGUUCACGUGACAACGGAGGGUGUUCUCACAUCUGCAUCGCUAAGGGCGACGGCACACCUCGAUGCUCCUGUCCCAUGCACCUGGUGCUACUGCAGGACCUGCUGCACUGUGGAGAGCCUCCCACCUGCUCCACAGAGCAGUUCACCUGCUCCACAGGUGAGAUCGACUGCAUUCCCAUGGCGUGGCGUUGUGACGGCUUUCCCGAAUGUGACGACAGCAGCGAUGAGGAGAACUGCCCCGUCUGCUUGGCCUACCAGUUCCAGUGUGAUAAAGGAGGCUGCAUCGAUGCUCAGAGGCGCUGCAACGGAGAGCCUGACUGCGCCGAUCACUCUGAUGAGCAGGACUGUGAAAACAUCUGCCCUCCAAACCAGUUCCGCUGUGGUGACAACCAGUGUAUCACCAAGAAACAGCAGUGUGACAACUACUCUGACUGUCCUGAUGGAUCAGACGAGCUGGCCUGUGAGUACGUGUCACCUCCCUCCAGUGGCAUCCCCAACACGGGACCCAACACCAUCGGGCCCGUCAUCGCCAUCAUCCUGCUGGUGUUCGUGAUCGGGGGCGCUUACUUCGUGUGCCAGCGUGUGGUGUGUCGACGCUACAAAGGCCCCAGCGGGACUUUCCCUCAGUACAUCAGCGGUACGCCUCACGUGCCUCUCGAUUUCAUCGCCCGAGCAGCUCACACCCCGGCACCUUCCACAGGUAUCUCCUGUGGGAAGUCCAUGAUGAGUUCAGUCAGUCUGAUGGGCAGCAGCAGCAGUGGAGCUCCUCUCUAUGACAGGAACCAUGUGACCGGAGCUUCAUCCAGCAGCUCCUCAUCAACCAAGGGAGCCUUCUACCCUCAGAUCCUGAACCCUCCUCCGUCCCCAGCUACUGAUCGCUCCCUCUACAACACAGAGAUCUUCUACUCCUCUAACAGUCCAUCCACCACCAGAUCAUACAGGCCCUACCAUCCAGUCCGUGGUGCCGCCCCCCCCACCACGCCCUGCAGCACCGACGUGUGCGACAGCGACUACACCCCCCACCACCCGGUGGCCGGGCUGGCGUCGUCAGCCGGCCGCUGGAAGGCCGCGAGCCACGGCGGCCACGGCAAACACAACAAGUACUACAUGGACCUGAACUCAGACUCCGACCCUUACCCCCCGCCCCCCACUCCCCGAUCCCAGUACCUGUCAGCCGAGGAGAGCUGCCCCCCGUCCCCUUCCACCGAGCGCUCCUACUUCCACCUGUGCCCCCCUCCCCCGUCGCCCUGCACCGACUCCUCAUGACCCUCCAAAACGAGCCCAGGGAGCCCCUCCCCCUCCCUGUGAGGAAGGAA